AUAGGUUUCAGCGUCAACGCAGAAUUUUGAAUUUGACCUGGUGCUGCGUGCUGACCUCGCCUUGUUGGGUUGUAAGGACAGUAAAUAUGCACGUAAAUGGAUGCAUGGGCAGCAAUCUUUCGGACGUCUUCCCUUCACUUCCUUUCCAAGACUCAAUGAAUAACUCUGUCAAUGGUUCAGUCUUGAAUAUAAACGGACCAAACGUAAACAACAUUGAUACUGUGUCUCGACUCAAGUUUCUUGGCUUAAAUUUGGGGAAUAAUAAUCAGAAUGGAAAUAGUAACACCCUUUGUAAUGAGGAUCGCUCACGCACCAAUUUGAUUAUCAACUACCUUCCUCAGAGCUACGACCAAAACGAUCUCCAGCGUCUUUUUGAGCGAGUGGGACCUAUUAGACAGUGUAAGCUUAUUAGAGACAAGAACACGGGUGCUAGUUUGUGUUAUGGGUUCGUAGAUUUCGUGAACCCUCAGCACGCAGCUUUAGCAAUACAAACCUAUCAUGGCUAUGAGACGGAGCAGAAACGACUGCGUGUGGCGUACGCCAGUUCAGGUGGUCGUCGGUUCACACCAGGUAAAUCUCAUUAUCAUAAAUAACGCCACAGGACAUCGUCUCCAAACAUUUUCGAAUGGAACUAAUUUCCCAGGUUCAUUGAAUUCUGAAGUCACAAAUGAAAAUAUAAUUGGAUGGGAGAUUAUAGUAACUGGGAUACCUGUAGAGUGGACUGAACCGGAUUUACUCGUAGGUUGACUUGCAGAUUAAUUUAUGAUAUCAGCGUCUCUUUUCUAAUUUCGGGGCCGUUGUGGUUAUUAGAUUAUUAGCUCCUCAAUUUCCCGAUUCACCACCAGGUCAAAAGCCUCGUCUCAGUCCAGCUUUGAAUGGAGCUUCAAGUGAUAUGAGUUCAGAAUCAGCAGACAGCAAGUUCACUUCAAGUGCAUCUGUCAUUUUCCAGGAGAAAAAUAAGUAGGUUUGUGUAUUUUUUUCAUUUCGUAGUGCUGAACUUUCUGUUUUGCGCUUGAAUGGUUAUCAGGCCCCGGAAUGGACUACACCACUUAGAUUGCGUUUAAUUGGUUCAGUAACAAGAGAAACCUAUGGGCUGUUUUACUUUUCUUCGCGUCAGUCACCACUCCCACUUAAUCGUACAACUAACAACAACAGUAACGCCGAUCCGUUGACCGAAUCGAAUAUACUCACAAAUGUGUUGAAUAGACGGACGCUGAACACACUAAGCUGCGCUGUGCAUGGAAAUUCACAGAGUCAGUAUAUGGCAGAAACAAAAAACUCUGAAGUCACUCUAAACGUAGCAGUGGAAUCUAGCAGUUCCCUCCAGUUACCGUCAAACCCACCGUUCGGAAUCCCUCCUCGACCAAUCAUGCGAAACAAAAUCACUGAUCACAACCUAACAUCGAUCUUCAACCGCGACGUCCUCUCACAAACCAGUUCGUUAGACGUCUUGGAUUUCCUUGACGGUCACCAUAAUGCAAACUCACCAGGUUUGGUUGCUGGGGUUGAUCGCUGUUCAUCCAGAGAGAUCUCGAUAAUUAACACGCUAAACUCCCAACGAACUGUCGACAGUGACCAGCCGAAAUUGGAACAGUCUCUCAGGAACUUGACGAAUACAACGAGUCAUUCUCCGUGGCUGUUUUCCCAACAGCGGUCUGUACUUAACCCACUUCCGGAAACUGGACGUUCUGACGAAAUAAACCCGAGUGCUUUGACAGCUGGAGUAUGCAGGCGUUUGUCUGUUAAAAGUCCUUUGAUACCAAGUCCUGUGUUGUCGAGUUUGUUAACACAGCGGGGUUGUCAGAUGAACAUAUGGCUCAAACUAGAAAAUAUUCAACCGACUGGAUCAUUCAAAAUUCGUGGUGUUGAAAAUGUGGUUCGCAAGUGGGCAGCCGCGGGAGUGACUCAUAUUGUCUGUCCAACUACUGGGAAUGCAGGCAUAGCCGUAUCUUUUGCAGCUCACACUUACAGAAUAAACUGUACAUUAGUAGUUCCUGAGGCUCUUGAGCAAACUAUUAGACGGCGCCUAUCAUUAGAGGCGCAGGAAGCCAAGAUCGUUAUUGGUGGCACCAGUUUCUUGGAGGCCCAUCACCGCGCUGAACAAUUAGUAAACGACCUACAAUCCGGACACAAUGAUCCCACUGUCCGACUUCUUCAUCCUUAUGAUCAGCCUGAACUAUGGGAAGGAUACGAAACUAUUGUUGACGAAGUCACUCCAGAAAUCGGUCAACCAGAUGCUAUAGUUGUCGCCGUUGGUGGUGGAGGGUUGCUUGCAGGAGUCAUACAAGGUCUGUGGAAUAGAGGAUGGUCUUCAACCCAUAUAGUAACUGUGGAAACAGAGGGGGCAGAUUGCUUAAACCGUUCAUUGAAAUCUGGUCAGUUAGCAGUUAUUCCACGAAGCUCAACGAUUGCAACUUCUCUCAGCGCCCCAGUCUUGGCACAGCGUGCUUGGAGUUUGGCUCAAUGCCAUUCGAUUAGUGCAGUGACCUGUACUGACGGAGAGGCAGUUGAUGGAGUUAAACGUUUUUUGGAUGACCAUGGAAUGCUUGUUGAUCCAGCUUGUGGAGCAGCACUUUCGACUAUAUAUUCAGGCUACCUAUCACGCCUACAACUAGAGGGUCGCCUACCUCGUCCCUCCAAUGUUCUCAUAAUUAUCGGUGGUGGACGGAAUGUCUCUUUUCGUCAGUUGAUUGACUGGGAAAACCAAAUGUCUUCAUUCGCUCCAGAACAAAUUGCUGCAUCUGUUUUACCGCCUUUAUCAAGUUCUUACAUCACUCACUUAUCACCUCGUUCGACAUGCCAAGAAAUACCUAAAUCUUCAACAAUGACUCAUUACACGUCAGGGACUGAACACGAAGAAGGCAGAGUUGGGACCCCAACACCAAACACGCCGCGAUCUGUGUGUGCUAUUUUGAGCAGAACUGCAGUCUCCAGGUCUGAUGCUGCUGACCACCACAUGUCAGUUUGCAAUGGACUGGAGGUCGAAAAUAGUUCUGAAUGCGCUGGUUCUUUAAAUCCACACGACCUUAUGAAUUUCUCCAAACUCCUGGCCUCAUCUGAAGCUGAAGGUGAAGAAGGUGGGCUACGUGAAUAACAACCUUCAGAUUAAUCAAUGUUAACCAUGUUUUAUUUUACUUCUAUAUUUUGACUAUAAACAGUUUUAUGUUUUUCUGUUUUCUAGGCUUAGGUUAUCUUGAAUACCAUAUACUUAAUUAUUUUUGACUGCUUUUGUUUGUUUGGAUUUUUCUUAUUGAAAUUGAAAUUUUUAGACGGCUGCAACACACGGACAAGCAUUAAUCACUUUUGAUUUAUUAUUUGUUUAUUGGAUUUCGUAUUCUUUUUUCAUUUGGUGGUUAUUAUAGUCUUUGAAUGCUGAUCCACUUAUUUGUUUAUUUUAGUCUUUAUUGUUUACUCUUCAUUAGUUUAUAAUUUGUUUCGUCAUUUUUCACUUAUAUUAAUCUGUUUAACGCGCUGUUACGGUGUAAGAUUCGAGGACUAUUACACCCAUAUGAGAAAGAAAAUACAUCUAAUAAACAAAUAAUGAAUCAACAGAGAUCAAUGCGUGUCGGUCGUGCAAAUUUGUUAGCGCAUCUAUUUACCAGUGAUUGAAUUUUCUUAAUGGUUAACAUGUCUCCCUACCUCACAUCAUCUAUUUUAUCUGUUUCAUCUUUCUCUGUAAACUUGGCCUAUUUUUUCAUUAAAUGAGCAUCAUUUCAUAUAAAUUAACCAUUCCGUUCCUCUAGUUUAUUUUCGCAAAUUGAUUUAGUUAAUUUGUGUGUAACGCCUUACUUGAAGCAAGGUGGACACAGUCGCAUUUGUUUUGUUUUUAUCUUAUGUUACUUAUCUUUAUCGUACUACACAAUUAUUUCGCACUUGUGCCUUUCUUUUUAUAGUCAUUGUGUGUUUUUAUUAUUUCUGGCAAGCAGCAUUACUUUCUAAUCUGAUAGAGUACAAGAUUUUGGAUUUAUUUACUCUAUUGUAUUUCGUUUUCAAUAAUGGAAACAAUUAUGUAUGGUUUUGCUUGUUGGUUUUUUGUAGUCUUUUUUAUUACCAUUUACUUAUAAUGUGUAUCACCUACAUUACUUUGCAUUGUUUUUUAAUUUUCAUUGCAUAAAUUUGUGUGUUGC